CCAGUCAGUCAGUCAACAACGUCAACGGACGGACAACGAACGAAUUUUGUGUUCGGUCAUUUUGUUGUUAAUUCGUGUUUUCUUUUUAAAUUGAUAUUUAUUCUUUCAGUUUUAUUUUCAUCAACUUAUCGAGUGUUUUAGAAUAGUGCAACGUGGCUAGUUAACUUAGCAUAUAAUGAUAUAGUAUGUUGAUAAUAGUGUGUGACAUGUGAAACAAAUCAAUAGAUAAAUCGCCCGCUUGUUUCAAUACUUAGUGAACCGGGGGGGUGAUUUGUGAGUAAGAACGGUACGAUAGUGAAUACAAUCUUGUGCAUAUGAUUACACUUUUAUGGAUUUGAAAAUAAAGAGGUGUCGAUACUAUAUUUUGAGUAUGGGACUACAGUGAAUUUCUGUGUGGGAUAUCAGAGAUCAACGUUCCCGAGAGUUGUCAGUUUUCAAUGGAGUUUUAACAGUCGGUAGACGCGGCGGACGUGCAAGAUGAUGGUGGAGACCAUGCUGGAGUCCUCACAGGACUUUGGCAUGUCGAACGGUGCGCUCCCGCAAUGGAAGCGCGAGCUGCUGCAGCGGCGCGCGGCUCGCUCCCGGCCCGCGCCCGCCCCCGCCCCCGCCCCCCUCGCGGGCCCGCCGCCCUCACCCCCGCCCGCGCCCGCCCUCGCCCUCACCGCGCCCGCCUCGCUCGACGACGACGAGGAGCUGCGCUACGGGCCCGGCAUCGUGAAGCGGCUCAAGUCGCGCUACCUCAGCCUCGCGCUGCGCGACGCCCCGCGCCGCCGGCCCUCCGUGCUGCGCCGCGCCGCUUCGCUCGAGCACCUGCUGGACGAGCGGCCGCCGCCCGCGCCGCGCCCGCCGCCCGCCCGCGCGCCUCGCCCCGCCUCCGUGGCCGCGCCGCCCGCCCUAUGCCCCGCGCCGCGUCGCGAUAUCGUGAAGCGCGCCCGCUCCGUGGACGCGCUCAGCCGGCUCGACUCGCGCGAAGACCCGCAUCCGCCCUCGCCCUCGCCGCCGCCGCCCUCCCGCGCCCCGCCCUCGCCGCUCCCCCGGGCGCCGCCGCUCGAGGCUCCGCCGCACGCGCCCCCGCCGCCGCCGCCGCCGGUGCCGGCCCCUCGGCCGCCGGUGUGCCGCAGCGCGCGCCCUCCUCGCCGCCCGACGCCGCUCCUGAGGGAGACGGAGCGGCCUCCGCCGGACGUGGUGCGAUCGGCCUUGCGCAAGUUCGAGAGCGCCCCGACCCGACGGGCGGCGCCGGCCGCUCGCGUGUCGGCCGUGGUGCGCGGCCUGGAGAACGGCGCGCGCACUUCGACGCCGGAGCCGCGCGACCAGCAGUGUGCCAACGCUCGCGAGCCGACGCCGGAGCUCGAUCCGAUCGCGCCGCUCCCGGACGAGCAAGACGGCGCCGCGUCGUCGUGCGAAUCCCGCGUGGUGUCGCGCGCGGCGCUGGAGGGCAUCGCGCGCGCGGGCUCGUCGAUGCGGUUCGCGUUCUCGGCGCCGCGCUGCGGGUCGCACCUGCCGCCGCUGGCCGCCGCCAACCCGGUGCUGGUGGGGCGCGCGCGCCGCGUGGGCGUCAUCCGCCCGAUGCCGGCGCCGACGCUGCGCUCGCCGGAGCCGCCUCCGGAGCCGGCCCGCAAGUCGGCGUCGCCGCGACCGUCGUCCCCGGCGCCGUCGGAGCCGGAGCCCGGGCUGCCGGUGCGCCCGGAGCGCAGGGACCCGCCGCCGUCGGCGCUCGUUGAGCCGAUCCCGCGAUCGCCGCCCGACGAGCGAGCGGUCGAGCCGGAGCCCGCUCGAGAGCGGGAGCCCGAUGUCGUCGAAACUAAACCGAAAGCGGAGAAACCGCUCCUGAACGGUCACGCGGAGCCGAAACCGGUGGUGGAGAACGCGCCGUCGCGACUCGGGGGCGCGGAUAUCGAGCGCGCCUGGAACGGCACCGGUGAGCGAAGGACCGCAGUUCGACCUAAAGAAAAGAAGAUCGUGGCGGAGAGCAAGGAACGGAAGGUGUCGGCGCCGUGGGCGGGCGGCAGUCCUCUAGGCGCGCGUCGGGGGCGGGCGCCUGCGCCGGGCGCGACGUCGAUCGUGUUCAACUUCUCGGGGCGCAAGGAGGUGCCCGACUACAUCGAGAACGACGGCAUCAUCCUGCGCGCCAGCCGCCGGAACAGACUGAAGGCCGGCGAGCCGGGCGUUGUAUCACUCCGGCCGGGCAGCGAAGCGGAGGCGAACGCGGAGGCGUGGUCGUCGGACGAGGAGGGACCGGGCGGGUUGUGUGGUGGCGGGCCACCGUCCCCUUGCGCGGUGCGGUUCGUCAACGACAAUGUGCUCAUCAACGGACGCUCCUGUAUGGCCGCCGCGGCCAGGAUCAACCGCGACCGGCAGGCCAAGUUGAAGCUCCAGUUCGACGACUCCCUCACCCGCACGUUCGAAUACCCCUCCGAGACAUCCCUCUGCGACGACGAUACUACCCCUGCGUCUGCCUCUACCCCUACCCCUGCGCAGGCGCACAACCCUACCCUCCUCGCUAACACACAUAUAGCGUCGGCGUCGCUGUGUCGCUACACGCCCAGCAAGACGCCCCACAACGUGUUCCAGCUCGGCGUCACCAAGACUCCAGACCCCACGCAUGCUGAAAACGGCGUGGAGCCCAGCGAGAAAGAGAACGGGGAGGCGACGGAGCACUCGCAGAGGGAGACACACGCGGACGUGGAAGAGGAGAGUGGGGGCGACGCCAGGCCGUGCGGGGCCGACGCCAGGUGUUGGAGCGCCGCCAGGACUCACACCACGGACCUGCUGUUCUGAGAGAACAACGAAUACGCCAUGAUGCCAGGAGCCUCAAAUGACAAAAAAAUAAUCAAGAUUUCUCCACAAACACCACACAGACAGAGGGACAAGACAACAUAUUUUAUACUGAGUGACUUUGAUACGUUGAUUUGUGCACAUAACCAACCCUUCUCUCUGAUCGAUGCUAAUGUAUUCAACGUCAAUUACAAAAUACUUUUGACGCAUUCCUCAUACUGUUUGUGUACUAUUGUGGAUGUACUAUUUUAGUAUGAAUGCACUCUGUUGGUGCGUAUAUCGCCUUUGUAUCGUAAACUGCUCAAGUACCCAUGUAUUAAUUACUUAAUAUAAUAAUAAUAUUUAGUGUGCUCUAUUCUAUACUAUUAAAAAGCUAGAUGUUAAUUUUCAACUAUUUAUUAUUAUGAAUGUAUUCCUCGCGUGAAUAAUUAAUUCUGACUUUAUUGGACAAAAUAUACAAUUUAUUUCAUACGAUGUUGCUUAGAGUUAGUUCUCAUUGAAACACAGCGGACGCAAAUGAUUGACUAAAGAAUGAUUUGAGAAGCACCAAUAAUAUACUAUAUGUUACUGAAGUUAUUAUUGGUUAUAGUAAAACGCGAGAAUAUUACCCUAUUCCCGCGUUUGACCUGACCCUAAAAGAUAGAAAGUGACCCUUAAAGAUAGAAACUGACCCUAAAAGAUAAAAAGUGACCCUUAAAGAUAGAAACUGACCCUAAAAGAUAGAAAGUGACCCCUAAAAGAUAGAAUAAUAAAAUUUCUUGUAAAUUAAUGUAAUCCUCUCUUAUUCCGCAAAACGACGGGCACUUUCCACUUAUCGAAGUAUUUAAGAAAUUAGUUUAUAAUGAGACAACAUGCAUUGUGAAAUAUUUAUAGGUACAGUGAUAAGACAAAUUUUGUAAUUGUUCAUUAAGCGACUCGAGGGAGUCGCCACUGGUGAUGUUAAAGAAUUGAUGUACUUAAUGUUAAGUGAACAUUGUGUACGGCGCGUACAACGUUGACGCGUGACUGAAACCGUGGCUUAUAUUCCAUUCCGAUCAAGGGCGGAUCCAGCUUUAGCGCCGGGGGGGGGGGGUCAUAUACCCAGCUUUGGCCCAGGGGGGGGUCAUAUAGUCGUGGUAUAUUAAAUAUUGAAAGUACUUAAAUAAAAUCCCCUGGGUUUGGUCCAUCUGUACCCAGCCCAGCCCCCCCCUGAUGACCCCCAUGACCACCCCCCCUGGAUCCGCCCUUGAUUCCGAUACUAAUCCGGUCGGUACUAAACAAACAGUAACGAAGCUUGACUGACUAGCUUUUAAAAUAACAUAUACAAGUUUUUGAGAAGAAUUUUUGACAUUUUCACUUAACCCUUAGUAGCCUGAUUUACGCGAGUCUUCUUUUUUAAAUAUUACUGUAUUUGCUUGAGGGUCUAGAUGAAGGGAAAAAUAGCUAAAUAAAUCACAAUAUUUAUUUUACAUAUUUAUUUAAAAAAAAAAACAGGUAUCAAUUUUGAUACUUCAGGCAUUAUGGCCAUAAAGAAAUCUUAAAUGACCUAUGCAUGAAAUAAUGCGAAACAUCGAUUGUUUUUAUUAUCGCAUAACGAUACUUUGCAUUUUUUACAGAACCAGGAGGUAAGUUUCCUACAAUUACUAAAUUUACAUUUAUUCCUAGACUCCAUAAAUAUUUUUUCAUGGCCAAUACAAUCGGAACGCACGUCAGUUGGGGGUAGUACUUGUGCACCUGUCCGGGGUUUUUUAGAGGGUACUGUAUUGUCUUGUUGACUGUUAGUACUGGGUCUGCCCCUUUUAUUUUUUGAGUGACUUUGAUAUCUACAUAAAGUAUCGGCAAGCUCAGUUCUAAAAUCUGCUAACUUCAUAAUAUUCUUCUGAAGUUUUCCUUUCCUUGUGUUUACCUUUUUGUACAGUACCCAAGCAUUGAUGACAGUCAUGUCUAACAAGUGGUAGAAGAGCCUCGUUGUCCACUUUCUCGACUUUAUGCGGAUGCGAUAUCGACCAAUGAAGCUAUCCAUCAAAUCAACGCCGCCCAUGUGUGCAUUAUAUUCUUUUACAACCCGAGGACAUGAUAUUUGAAUAUUGGCCUUUAGUUUUUUUUCGUAGCGGGUUAUAGUAUCCGCUGGUUCAGCGCCAACAUACGUGGAUAGUAAUAAUACCUGUUUGUUGUCUUUCCAACUUGUGGCCGACAAUUCUAGGCCUUCGUGAGAGGCCACAUUUUCGUGAUAUGUUCCUCUGGGUACGUUGGAUUUCAUAAUCUCCCGUUUCUCCGGCAACUUGCACGACUUUCCAAGCCUGUUUCUCUGUACUGUUCCAAGACAAUAAAUACCUUCGUUGGUCAAGUAAUGUACCAGAGGAAUAUUCGUAUAAAAAUUGUCAAAAUAAAUUAUAUGAUUGACAUGCCUUGGUACUGGUCGUAGCAAUCGAAUAACUGUAUUCGACACAGCUCCGAGGUCUGGUUCGCCAGGUAAACGGUCCAUGUCCUUAGCUCCCGAGUAAAUCUCAAAACUGUAGGCAUAACCAGACAGAGAGCAUAACACGUAUAAUUUGAAUCCCCACUUAUGGGGCUUGUUGGGUAAAUAUUGUUUCAUAAAAUGUUUCAUUUUUGUGGAACACAUCUGCUCGUCUAGUGAUAGACGAUGCUCAAAUGGUAAAGUAAUAAAUUUCUUGUUCAAAUAGUCUAUCACUGGUCUUACUUUAUGCAGUCGGUCGUGCUGGGGGUGAUCAAUGGGCAAAUGUUUAGAGUCGUCAUUCAUGUGAAAAAUUUCUCUAAUUUUAUCAAAUCUGUUGCGAUUCAUUGUUUGUACUAUGGGUUCAAACUUUGUAAUGUUUGACCAGUAUGACCGGACACUAGGAUAAUGAUAUACACUAGUAAAAAUAAGAAUACCAAUAAAUUUACGUAAUUCUAAGACAGUUACAGGUUCUGUAAAGUUGGGAUUCUUUUGGAAGGCAUAUUUAUUUGACUCGUCCACUAGAAAUCUCAAAAUGUCUUCACCGAAAAAAUAAGAAAAAAACUGAAAUGGAGUGUCUAAGUUCAUAAUUUCUUGUGAAUACUCAGUAUUUCCAGCAAACUGGAAAGCAUUUUGGACUAAAUCCAUAUUUUUUACUCUCCACACUAAGUUUCUAGAGUUGAAAGGUGCAGUUUGCAGGUUGUUCUGGCUGCUGGUUGUAGGAGUUGGGUUUCGUUCAACAGUCUCUAAAUUAUGUUGCAUGUCGGUAUCUACGUUUGCUGCAGGCGGAUCUGCAUCCAAGUUUGGGUCAGUGGGAAAAUUACCUACAUCCUCUUCAUCAUCUAGCUCCAUCAGACGAUCUCUUUGGCUCGAAUAAUAGUCUAUGUCAUCUUCAUUGUCGGUGGAAUCGUCUUCCGAAAUUUCACCAUUUUCUAACCGCUUCAAUAUGUUCUCAAUCUCUUCUGGCCGCAUUUUGGAUAAAUUUCUAUAAUAAAUAAAAACAAAAGUAAUCCCCACACCAAGCUAUGCAGAAAAAAUAUGAAACGAAAGUUCAAAAAGUUUUAUAGCUAAAGAGUUAGUAGGUAGGUUUUAUGUAGGGCGGAAUGCCUGAAGUAUCAAUAUUGAUACCAAAAAAAAAGCACUAAUUUCUUCAAGUAAAACAUGCAUUUGCUAAAAAUAAUUAUAUCAUAGCGAAAAUAAUGUAUUCACUUACCUCAAAAGUAUUUAUAUUCUUCAGAAAAAGAAAAUAUAUCAAAUUUAUAUUCAACAAAACUUUUAGUAAAAUGUGUUUACUUGUUCACUUUGCCGCGCAAGUAAUAUGUCACAGAUAAAAUAAAACAAUAAUGACAUUUGUUUUUUUUUUUUUUAAUUUCGUUGGAUAGAAUACUAUACAACAGUAAAAUACAUACAGCCAACAUAUAAAAAAAAAUAAUAGUAAUGUGAAUAUUCGGUUUAAAAUAUUAGUAUCAAAAUUGAAACUCUAGGUUAUUAAGGGUUAA